AUGCAGAGCAUCUCCGGAACCGGUGCUUUGCGAAUCGGAUCAGAAUUCCUUGCCAAGUACCAUCCGACCAAAGGUGGUAUACAGCGCCACAGCCCACAUGGGGAAACCAUAGUUUCCAAUUGUGUUCAAGCAGGAGCUCUUGCCGAUAUCGCUGCUAUUCCUAAAGGAUCGAUCAUUCUUCUUCACGCCUGUGCUCAUAACCCUACUGGAGUCGAUCCCUCUAAGGAACAAUGGAAAAAGAUCUCGGAAAUCUGCAAGAAGAACGAGCUGUUCGUCUUCUUCGAUAUGGCCUACCAAGGAUUCGCGUCAGGAGAUGUUGAUGGUGAUGCCUAUGCUGUGCGUUAUUUCAUCGAACAAGGACACAAUAUCUGCCUUGCUCAGUCAUUUGCCAA